UCUAACAUUUUCCGACAUGCCAUAUUACGUGAUAUUUACAUGGCAGGUUGCAGUCCAGACUUAGCAAGAACAUGUUCAAUAAGAAGGUCCGUAGAAACAUCCGUCAAAGAAAAGGAGAAUCCAGCGAUGAGGAUGAACAAAAAGACGGAAGCGUAGAUGAUAUCAAAGUAGUACACCCUGCUGCUGUAAAUAUAAAACCGUCAAAGUUGCCCCAGAACCGCGGGAUCUCUUGCAGUUCAAAGCGGGAGGUGACGCCUCCUAAAUCGGACUCGAGUGGUGACGAGGACCCUGGGCAGGUCGGUGGACCCUUCGCUGUCCGUAGCAGGAACGUGGAUGUCGGGAAGAAGAAGAAGGGAAACGUACUUAGCUUUUCGGAUGAAAAAGAAGGUAAGGUAUCCGAAUUCAAGGUGAAGAAAUUAGCGGAUAAAGCUGUUGUUUUCCAAGCCCGUAAGAAAGAAGAUUCACUUGCGAAGACCACUUUCAGACCCGCAGGCACAGCCAGAAGGAACGUAACUAGGGCUGAAUCACCUCUAAGGCCUUCUGGUAGUGAUGAUGAUGGGGCCUCAGGUGAAGAGCUGUCCCCAGACAGUGACCCCGAGGAAGAGGCCAAGUCCACCUCCAGCUCAGCCUCCUCCAAAACCUCCAAGCCCUCCGCCCCCAAAAAGGUAGUGAUCCCAGACGCCCGGAGGAUCACGGCAGCCAGGAGGCAGCGUCAGGAGGCCCGAGCCCAGAAGGAGUACAUCCCUCUGGGGAGGGAAGGGGAGCGGUCCCCCAGCAACCCUGGAGACCUGGACCGGGACGAGGGGAGCGACGGACACGAGGAUGAUGACGAUGAGCCAGACGACCACGAACGCAGGAUCGAGUUUGCCCCGAGACCCAGGACAGUGAGGGAAAGGAUCGCAGAGAAGCUGGGAGGGAGUGCCAGUGAGGACAGCGACUCCCAGGAGAGAGAAGACCAGGAGCUCUGGGAGGAGCAGCAGAUAGGGAAGGGGGUCAAGAGACACCCGGGGGAACAGAGCCCCAGCAGUGACAGCAGUGUGUGCAGUGGCCGAGGCAGGCUGAAGAAAAGGGCUGUGAUCCCAGAGACUCUUCCUGCAGUCACAGUCAGCAUGGUGAAGAGGAGGAUCACUGGGAAACUGGACUCUCUGAGGGGGGUCCACAGGGCCCGCGAGGCAGAGCUGAGGAGGAUGGAGGGGGACAUGGAGGGUGCCAGAACCGCCCUGGAGAACCUGGAGAACAGUUCCUCGGACCGGCAGCUGAGUUUCUACCGCGACAUGAACCUCUACGUACGGAACCUGGUGGAAUGCCUGAGAGAGAAGGUGGUGGAGAUCAACUCACUGGAGCUGGACAUGCACUCUCUGCUGUCUGACCAGGCGGAGGCGCUGUUGUCCCGCAGACGGGAGACCGUCCAACUGGAGUCCUCCCGCCUUCAGCAGCUCUGCUACAGCAGUGAUCCACAAAGUGAAGGAGAGUCAGGUGACCUGUCAGGUGACCACCUGAACGAGACACUGGUUAAAGGUGACGAAGACUCUGACAGUCUUCCAGCAGACAGCGAGCCUUCGGCUGAGGAAGAGGAAGAACUGCAGAAGAAGAAAGCUGAGCUGGUGAGCCGGUCUCAGGGUGUGUUUGCAGAUGUCCAGGAGGAGUUCUGGGACGUCAGGAAGGUGCUGCGUCGGUUCGAGGAGUGGAGAAGCUUGUUCUCUGAGUCCUACCACAGCGCCUACAUCAGCCUCUGUCUGCCCAAACUGCUCAACCCACUCAUCAGACACCAGAUCCUGGGCUGGAGCCCCCUACAGUCAGCAGUGGAGGACUUUGAGGCGUUGCCAUGGUACUCUGCCGUGGAGGCGUUUUGCCACGGCGAUGGUUACGAGGAGAAGGAGAACGCUGACAGGAAGACUCUGCCUGCCAUCAUAGAGAAAACACUGCUGCCCAAGAUACAGGGCUAUGUGGAGCUGGUGUGGGACCCCCUGUCCAGGCAGGAGUCUUCCCGGUUGGCAGUGCUCUGCCACAGACUGAAGGAUGACUACUUCCUGUUCCAGGGAGAGCACAGCAAACCGGUCAAGGCAUUUUUGGACGCAGUGAUUGGUCGGCUGAGGACCUCCGUGGAGGAAGAUGUCUUCAUCCCUCUCUAUCCUAAAAGGUUUCUGGGAGACAGCUCUUCUCCACAGUGCAGGUUCAGAGACGAACAGUUCUGGACUGCCGUAAAGCUUCUUGGUAGCAUGUCUUUGUGGGAGGGCCUGGUGUCAGGGGAGGCCCUGAGGGAGGUGAUGUUGGACCAGCUCCUGAACCGCUACCUGAUGAUGACGAUACUGAACGAUCCCCGACCACAAGACUCCCUCCGCAAGACCAGCAAGGUGGCAGAGUGUUUUCCUGAGUCGUGGUUCAGCCAUGUGAGUGGUGGUUCGUCUCUCCCCCAACUCCUGUCUCUCAGUAAACACCUGCUCCAGAUAGCCCAUUCUGUCUGCAAGCAGCAGCCAAACAGCCCCAGCACCAGGGAAUUUGUGAGUGACGUGCUGAAGGUUCUGGCCCGCAUCAAAGCUUGGGACAACGCCACGGCCUUAGCAGAGAAAUAUGAUUACACAGAUCUCCUGGACGCUCUCGAUAUGUCCUGAUCAUCAUGUUGUGAUUCAGUGUACAGUUAUAGCUGUACUUUUUUUAAAGAAUAAAAAUAUUUUUCAUUGUGUUUAUAGA